AUAAAGUGCAAAGGGAAAGUGAAAAAUAUUUUCAACUAGUUGAAAAAGCUAAUUCUACCUGCAGAAAGUGUACAUUUUUGAUCCAAACUAUCCGCAAAAGGAAGCCCGCGUGCUUCUGCACCCGCGCCGCGAAAAAUCCGCCCAUUUCGGGAUGGGAAUCGACGGGAAAAGGACGAUUUUCGGUUGGCCUUAAAAGUGAAGUGUCCAUCCAUACAGCACAAACUCGAUCAGCCAUUGAGCAAAAAAAUAAGCAUCCAACCGUUCGCAAAGAAGUAGAAGAAAGUAACAACAAAAACAGCAACCACAUCGAACAACAAGCUACUCCGCUGGUAAGCGAAGAAGGGAGACGAUUGUCCUGCAUUGCAUCGGCGCUCGCUUGACUAGUGCGGAUCGUUCUUUGUUUUGGCAGGGCGGAGCCGUCUCUGUUUGCCCACCAUGAGUUUUGGUACGCCAGGAAAUACGGAACUGCAUUUCCGAGCGCUGCCCUAUUUGGACAAGAAAUGGAUAAAGGCAGACGUGAGCUCAGCACUACGAUCUUGUGAAGACCUUUCCAAUUUAUGGAACCACCUGGUGCAAGAUGAGGAACUUGUCACGUGCAAACUGCAGAUGUCGGUCAAUGCCUGCGGAGAUGUUGCCUACGUUCGACCCGACGGGAAGUAUUAUUGUGGUGUACAGUCGCUAAAUUGUUCCUGCUGUAAGGGAGUUUGCAGUGUAACUUCCAGCUGUUCGUGCACAGCCUGCCAGCAAUUGGAGACGGACGAGGGCCCAACGAAAAAAGGAUCCUGUGGUGCACCACAGAACCAAAAUCAAAGCGAAUCUGCUGGAUGCUGUUCCGGGACGAUCUUGGAUUCUUGGUUGUGGAGCCCUAUUCCGAGUUUGGACGAAAAGCGCACCUGCACGAAGAGAUUGAUCGCCGAACAAAGAGAAAUUUGUUUGCAGGCGGCGGCCAACUGUUUGUCCUCAGCCCGUACUAAGUUGCUGCUCUACGUGUAUCGGAGGUAUUUUAUUGCAUUGCAACGAUGCAAACCGGAGGAGAAGACAUCCGGAGUGGACGAUUGUCGGUUCGGCGUUAGCCAGGAGAUGGUGGCGAGCGAGCAUGACGCGGCAAAGUUGAGUAAAAACUCCAGCUUCGAUCGGACCCCGAUGAAGGACUGCGACAAAGCCACCUUUGGUCUGGCACGCGUUGGCACCCGGGCUGCCCUAAACUUCUCUUUCGCCUUUCUAAGGCGUGCCUGGCGUUCCGGCGAAGAUGUCGAAUUGUGCAGUGAACUACUCUCCGAAGCCCUGGAGGCUCUCCAAACCCUACCGGAAGCAUCGUUGUUCGACACCUCGCAAAUGUCAUCGCUGUGGAUCGAAGUAGUGGAAAAAUCGAUAAAGUUUCUCCGCCAGGUGGUGCUGGGUGACGUUAUGGGAGGUCGCUGUUUGGUACCGAAGGCGGAUCGUCACAUCGCGCUGAAUCUGCUGCUGGAACUAGGUGCCCAGAAAGGCACCCUGGGUGGUUCGCUGGAAGGAAUCUCACUGCUACUUACGCUGCACGAAAAGGAUCAAGAAAGUGAGGAUAAUCGAAGCCCACCGCAAAACACGGGUGCCCCACUGGUACCGCUUUUGAAGCGAUACGAGCAGAUUGGUAGUUUCGCCUCGUACAAUGCCGGUGAAUCGUUCCAUUUUGGACCAACAGAAUCGUUUCUUCGGUUCUUAACUCUGCCAGAGAAUGAGAUGACGAACGUAGAUCUGAAGCAAGCUGCUGUUAUUAUCAUUAGUCACCUGGAUCGUCUGGCGAAACCGCAUCUUCCUGCAGGGAACUAUUCGAUCAAGGUGGUCAACAAAUCUCACCUGCAGAAAAUCUUCACCCUCGGCUGGAGUUCCUGUUCGCCGGAAAUGUAUGGAUUCACAUCCGAAGCGAGCAGUGGUACGGCACAGCUACUUGGUUCGGUACCACGGUACUCAACGGCAACAAUUGAUCUGCCCAUCGCGCUGCAAGCUCGGCAGGUUGUUUGUUCGGAGAACAGUAUCUAUAUUUUGACUACCGGUGGACAGGUUUAUUCGUUGCAUUCGAAUUGUACAGAAAAUAUUGCACCGAAAGCUAUUGAGGGACUGGACGGAGUGAACGUUGUUCAGAUUGCUGCGCACUGCGAGGGAAGACAUGUGCUGGUGCUAAGUUCGGCCAAUGAAGUAUGGUCCUGGGGAGUUGGCGAUGGUGGACGGUUGGGACACGGGGAUACGAUUUCCAAGGAGAUUCCUACUCGAAUUGUUGCACUGGCAGAAAAACAAGUUUGCGGAAUUGCUUGUGGAGCUUCGUAUAGUGCCGCAAUCACUAGCAGCGGAGAGCUGUACACUUGGGGUCGAGGAACGUACGGUCGGUUGGGACAUGGAAAUUCAGACGACAAAUUUGUCCCAACGCAGGUUCAAGCGUUAAAGUCGUACAAUGUGGUUGAUGUGGCACUGGGAAGCGGUGAUGCUCAUUCCAUGUGCGUGACCGAUUCGGGGCUGCUGUUCGCCUGGGGCGAUGGCGAUUUCGGAAAGCUGGGCAACGGAUCAUGCAACGGGUCCCCGAUUCCUGUUCAGAUUGAGAGCUUAACGAAUGUCGCUAAAAUAUAUUCCGGAUCGCAGUUCAGCGUGGCGCUGAGUUUCGAUGGAACGUUGUACAGUUGGGGAAAAGGACACGGUGGACGGCUUGGUCAUGGCAAUUCUGAACAUUCAAAUGUUCCUGUUUUGAUUCAGGCUCUAGAGGGGAAGAAAAUAGUAGACGUUGCAGUAGGAUCAGCGCAUUGCUUAGCUUUGACGAGUUCUGGGGAGUUGUAUGGCUGGGGCCGCAAUGACUAUCAACAGAUCUGUCCAUCCUGUGUUUCGCGAGAUCCCAUAAUUCAAAACCCAAUUCUGACAACACCCCCAACGCUACGCAUUUCCGGCAUGACCUGUGGAGCUGCUCAAAGCAUAGUCUGGUGUCAUUCAUCAACCCUAGGAGUAGCUUCUAAAAUCCCAUUCGUCGUUGAUCUCAGCGAACAUACAUUCCGCAUGCUGGACCAGUUGCUAUGUAUGGUUUGCAACACUCCGACGGGUCCGGGAGAUAUAAGACACCCGCCCAGUCAGGAAGCGGAAUGCAUCGCCGUAGCAUCCUUGAAUCUCUUACGGUUGCAACUGCACGCAAUGAUAGUGAACAAUGUUUCCUCCAGGCAGGUAGGCCUAGUAGAAGGUUCACGCCUACUAGCAAGCCUCAAGUCCCGCAUUCUUGGUCUAGCUGGAGGCCCUGUGGUUUUGAAAACUAUGCAGGAAGCUGCUCAA